GGAGGUCCCAGCCCUGCUAUGGACGAUGCCACGACACGGUUAACUGCUGCCGGGUUUACAACAGCUGUUGCUGCUGGUAAUAGUGAUGAGGAUGCUUGCAACGGAUCCCCGUCGAGAGAGGAAACGAGCAUAACUGUUGGCGCUACAACGGAUACGGACACACGUUCAGGUUUUUCAAACUAUGGCACAUGUCUUGAAAUUUUUGCUCCUGGAAGCUUUGUAAGAAGUUCGUAUCACACAUGUGACACUUGUUACGAAUCGCUCAGUGGUACAUCAAUGGCUGCCCCACACGUCUGUGGUGUCGCCGCUGUACUGUUGUCAGGUGGCCAGUGUUCCGACAACACAAGUUGCAGAGCCAAAAUUGAUGAAGAUGCUACCGUAGAUGUUCUCACAAACAUCGGUAUUGGCUCCCCCAAUAAGUUGUUAUACUGUGACUAAAAUGUUUCUUAGACUACUCUUCUCAAACACCCACAAAAACCGUCAGUAAUUGUGUGAAAAUUGUUGUUCUUGUAUUCAGUUUAUCUUGAAUAAAUAAUUCUAAAA